UAAGCACACCUUUUUUUAAAUCAUGAUCAUUCCAUCCUGAUGACAAUGAAAAUGGAUAAUGCCCGUGAUAAUAAGCCACCACAAUAACGUCUGAAAAAUCAUUGUCACAAAUCACAAUGUACAAGAAUCAGUCGUUCACAUCAAUAUAUCCCCCUCAAAUACAAUUCCAUAAAACCAAACCCAACCCCCCACAAAUUAACCAUGAUCACCACCACCAUGCCUUCUUCUCUCUCACCACUCCUCUUCUCCCUCCUGGCCGUCAUCACCGUCGCCGUUAAAGCCGAGCCCGACCUCGGUUACAUCUCGUCCCUCUGCGGCCGGCGACAUGACCCCCACCCUCCCCGACUGAAGAGGCGUGCCAUCCAAGUCACCGUCUCGGCGAUCACAAACACGGUCCCAAGCGUCGUCGGCUUCUGCGACGACUCCGUAAGGCAGAAACCGGCCAUGCACGUUUUCGCGUCGUGCCCCUUCCACGUUACUCAGGAAGACUGCACCAAGUGCCUUGAGUACGCGCAAGAUCAGUUGAUCAACUACUUGUGUGAAGGUCUCUACGGUGCGCAGCUCGUUCUCAGCGGUUGUAUCUUGAGGUACGAGACCUACAAAUUCUGUUGAAUUGUGGAAGAUGGUGUAAAGUUUCCUAAGCAAAAAAAGUGUUUACGUUUUUUAAGGUUUUUCGUGAUAAUAACAAUAAACAGUUACAUGUUAUGUAACAAGUAGUAUUGCGAUGAUGUGGGUUGAAUUACUACACAUCGGCGGAGGAAGGCCCUUUUGGCCUUGUCCCGGGAUAGGGGUAAAUUUCGGAGGAACAAAAAUACGCCAUAUAUAUUUAUAUUGGUGAUGGAACACAAUAUCUAUAGGUAGUACUAGAGUAUAUUUCGGACAGGAAAAUAUGACUAGUGUGCGUACGAGUAUCGAGUAUCGUAACAUUACCAGUAUUAUUAUAAUUAUAAUAACAGUAAGAGAGUAGAAACAUAAUAAACAAAGGUCUAAAAAUUUA